GAAAUAUUUUCUUGUAUGGGCAGGUUGUUUGAGGUUUAUGGUCUGGAAACAAAAUUGAAGCUGCUUGUCAAACAGUUACCUCCUCUCCAAGAUGUUGGUCCGCAGAAAUGCGUAGCAUUCAGUGUUGAUGGUUCUAAAUUUGCCGCUGUUGGAGUGGAUGGGCAUCUUAGAAUCUUGGAAUGGCCAAGCCUGCACACUAUUGUAGAUGAAGUAAGAGCACAUGAAUCCUUUCGGGAUAUGGAUUUUAGCCUCGAUUCAGAAUUCUUAGCGUCAACAUCUACAGAGGGUUCAGCAAGAAUCUGGAAGGCAGAUGAUGGUAUUCCUUUAAUGACUUUAGGUUGCAACUCAGAUGAAAAGAUUGAAUUAUGUCGGUUCUCCCUGGAUGGGACAAAACCAUUUUUGUUUUGUGCUGUUCAAAAGUUUAACCAUGCUUUAGUUUGAAGCAAACGAUUUAUUUUCAGUUAUUAAAUGACUUUUACAAAAACUGCAUGCUGAAAUUUGAC